AUGAAGGGUGAAAGCGACGAACCAAGGAGUGAACGUAAGGUAGAAGAGUCGUCAGAGGAAGAAGGGCAGUUUGUCCGAUAUCGGGAAGAGAAAGAAGAAGGCAGAAAACGUGGCCGACGCGACCGUGGAAGUGAGAAGAAAGAUCGGCAUCGCCGCAGAGAGAAGGAUCGUGGUGAAGAUUUAGAUUUAGAGUACGAAGAUGAUAGGAAGAGGAUUAAUGAUAAGGACAGGGUUAGGAGACAUAGAGAGGGUGGGAAUGAGAAAGAAAAGGAUAGCCGUCAUCGGCAUAAGGAGGAUUCGGAUGAAAACCGUGAUAGGAAGGGAAUUAGGGAUAGGGAAAGGAGGCAUAGAGUAGAUAGUGAUAUUGAUAAUGAAAAGGAGAGGGAGAGGGGUCGGCAGAGUCGGUAUGAGGACAAUUCCGACGAGGAGCGUGAUAGGAAGCGAAAUUGGGAUAGUGAUAGGGAUAGGAGGGUUGAUAGAGAUGGUGAUAAUGAUAAGGAGAGGGAUCGGCGCGGUGAUGAUGAUAGGAGGAAAGGUGAGAGGAGCCAACGAGUUGAAAAGAAUGGUGACAAUGAGAGAGAAGAGAGUAGGAAGAAAGAGGAAGAAGGAGCGGCGAUACCGGAAAUCAAUAGAGAUGCAUCUAAAUUGGGGAAAAGUGGAGGUGUUUACAUUCCUCCCUUUAAGUUAGCAAGGAUGAUGAAAGAAGUUGAUGAUAAAAGUAGUCCUGAGUAUCAACGGCUGACCUGGGAUGCUCUAAGAAAGAGUAUAAAUGGACUGGUAAACAAAGUCAAUGCCGCCAACAUUAAGAACAUAAUUCCGGAAUUGUUUGCUGAGAACUUGAUUCGCGGAAGAGGGCUCUUCUGUAGAUCCUGUAUGAAGUCUCAGAUGGCAUCUCCCGGGUUUACAGAUGUGUUUUCCGCAUUGGUUGCUGUUGUCAACACUAAAUUUCCUGAAGUUGGGGAUCUUUUGCUUAGAAGGAUUGUUUUGCAGCUCAAAAGAGCCUAUAAGCGGAACGACAAGCCUCAAUUGCUUGCUGCUGUUAAGUUUGUAGCACAUCUGGUGAAUCAGCAGGUGGCUCAUGAGAUCAUUGCGCUAGAGCUACUAACGGUUUUGCUCGAGAAGCCAACCGAUGACAGUGUUGAAGUAGCUGUUGGUUUUGUCACAGAAUGUGGUUCAAUAUUGCAGGACCUCUCACCUAGAGGACUUCAUGGCAUCUUUGAGCGUUUCCGGGGAAUUCUUCAUGAAGGAGAAAUUGACAAACGUGUUCAAUUUCUAAUUGAAGGCUUAUUUGCAAUAAGAAGGGCGAAGUUUCAGGGUUAUCCAGCUGUUCGGCCUGAAUUAGACCUCGUGGAGCAGGAAGAUCAGUUAACUCAUGAGGUCUCCUUAGAUGAGGAAAUAGAUCCUGAGACUAAUCUCGAUAUAUUCAAACCUGACCCCAAUUAUAUGGAGAAUGAAAAACGUUAUGAAGAGUUGAAGAAAUCCCUGCUGGGUGAGGAAGAGGAAUCAGAGGGAGAUGAUGAUGAAGGCUCUGAUGCUGAAUCAGAUGAAGAUGAUGAAUCUGAUGAAGAGAAUGAGGAAAGUAUGCAAAUAAAAGAUGAAACAGAAACCAAUCUUGUUAAUCUGCGGAGGACUAUCUAUCUAACAAUCAUGUCUAGUGUAGAUUUUGAGGAAGCUGGUCAUAAGCUUCUCAAAAUUCAUCUCGAGCCAGGUCAAGAGAUGGAAUUGUGCAUUAUGCUUUUGGAAUGUUGCAGCCAAGAAAGAACUUAUCUCCGGUAUUACGGUCUUCUUGGCCAGCGAUUCUGCAUGAUUAACAAAGUGCAUCAAGAAAAUUUUGAGACAUGCUUUGUGAAACAAUAUUCCAUGAUCCAUCGACUUGAAACAAACAAACUGCGAAAUGUGGCAAAAUUUUUUGCUCAUUUGCUUGGGACAUUUGCUCUGCCUUGGCACGUCUUAUCAUACAUUCGCUUGACUGAAGAGGAUACAACAUCUUCUUCGCGUAUAUUUAUUAAGAUUCUCUUCCAGGAAUUGUCAGAGCAUCUUGGCAUUCGGUUGUUAAAUGAGAGGUUAAAUGAUCCAACAAUGCAGGACUCUUUUGAAUCCAUAUUUCCCAAAGAUAACCCUAAAAACACACGAUUCUGCAUUAACUUCUUCACAUCCAUUGGACUUGGUGGUCUUACUGAGAAUCUACGGGAGUAUUUGAAAAAUAUGCCACGUCUGAUCAUGCAGCAACAGAAGCAAGUUCUGGAUUCUGACACAGAUAAUGAAUCUGCAAGCUCCGGUUCAUCAGAUUCCGGAACCAGUUCUGAGUCAGAGUCUGACUCAGCAAGUUCUGAUGAAAGUGAUAGAAAAAGAAGUAAACGUAGAAGAAAAUAA